AUUGGUCUUGGAGUGUGUGCGUUCAUGGAAAAAGUUGGGUCUAUGAUUGCACCUUUCACAAGAAACGUGUCAAGUAAAAUUGGAUGGUUACCGCCUUGCGUGUUUGCCGUCAUGUGUCUGAUAACAGUAUUACUAUUUGCCUUUGUGCCGGAAACCACUGGCGUAGAACUUCCGCAGACAAUAGAGGAGCUUCGAGAAUGGUACCGCGUGAACAAAUUCGAGCUUAGAAUAGGCAAAAAUAGACACACAACUAAAGAAACAGGAGAAAAUGACUCAAACUAGAAUUAAAUAUAGAAACACUGAGUACUUUUCAUCGAAAUAAUAGCAAGCUUUUGCUAUUAACUUUACAAGACAUAUUAUAAAUGCUAUUUGCAUGUGUUACUAUGUUAUAUUUUACCUGGGACUAAACUGUUACAACCAUUCUAACAAAUUUGGAAUUUUCAGUGUAUUUUCCUGAUAGGUAUGUCAAGUCUGGUUAAUUUACAAUGUUGAUUCGUACAUGUUAGUGACCCUUGUUGCAUUGGAUAUACCUAUUACAGGUAUUGUAGGUUUAUUUUGUUUUAUUUGAAAAAUGUACCUGGGACGUUUGUUUUACGCACGGCUUUGUAUAGAUAUUUGACUACGACCUACACGAUUUCAAAUUAUCGAACUUAGGUUUUGUUUGUCUGUUUUGGUUUUAACACCGUUUUUCAACAGUAUUGCAAGCAGUUAACCUAACCAGUUUUCCUGAAUUCUGUACCAGUACAAACCUGUUCUCCGCAAGUAACUGCCAACUGCCCCACAUAAUUCAGAGGUGGAGGACGAAUGACUUCAGACACAAUGUCUUUUAUCAAAUCGUCACGGAGAACAUAUGCCCCUCCCGGGGAUCGAACUCACGACCCCGCGUUCCGUUUAUCUGCGCUCUCCCUCGAAUUUAGGUAGAUUUGUUAUAAUUAAAUAAAGUUCUUCCUGCAGAUAAUAAAAUUUUAUUAGACUUAUGAUUUAAGGGCUAGGACAUGCACAUGUAAUUACGUAGACAAACAAGAAACCAGCAUGGCUCCGUCUUGCCCACUGAAUAUUGGGAAAAAAGAGGACCAAGAAGGAGGUGUCACCAUUUCGAUCCCUAAAAGGUUUGACUAAUUAAAUGUGUUUCUUAAUCAGUCGUUCUUAAAAUCUGCCUGGUGUUGGUAAGAGUUCAGUUAC